GCACUUCCUGUUAAUCUUUACGGUAGACAGCGUGAAGCGACAACGACGGCGUCUGUUCGUAAGCUCUUCUGUUGAGGCGUCAGUGUGACUGUGACAGUGCACGCGGACCGCCAAAGCUCGCGAGCAUGACUUCAAUGACGUAUGUGGAGCAGAAUAUUGAGUCCUCGUGUGAUUAGUAGAACAGGUUUCUAUUGGAGGAGUAUCUUCACUAUGCGGCUGAAGACCAGUGAGUUCCAGUCUCUGUUCAAUGAUGGACUGAAUGGACUAGCAGAGGUGUUUGAGAAGCACCAGCAUGAGCUUAGGAUAGCUGGAGGUGCUGUGCGUGACCUGCUGUCUGGGAAGCGGCCAGAAGAUGUGGACUUUGCCACCACAGCCACUCCAGAGGAGAUGAAGCGUAUGUUCCAAAGUGCUGGGAUCAGGAUGAUCAACAAUAAAGGAGAGAAGCAUGGGACCAUUACAGCAAGACUACACAAUGAGAACUUUGAGGUGACCACGUUGCGAGUGGAUGUUCAGACAGAUGGCCGUCACGCAGAGGUGGAAUUCACCACUGACUGGCAGAAAGACGCUGAGCGGAGAGACCUCACCAUCAACUCCAUGUUUUUAGGGCUUGAUGGCACAUUAUAUGACUAUUUCAAAGGAUAUGAUGACCUGCAGAACCGUAAAGUUCGGUUUGUUGGCAGUGCUGAACAAAGAAUCCAAGAGGACUACCUGAGAAUACUGCGCUAUUUCAGGUUCUAUGGCAGAGUGGCUUUGGAGCCUGACGACCAUGAGCCCGAGACACUGGCCGCCAUCAGGGAAAAUGGGCGUGGACUAGCGGCCAUAUCGGGAGAACGCAUUUGGGUGGAAAUAAAGAAGAUGGUGGUUGGUAACCAUGCAGCUCAUCUGCUGGAGCUGAUGUACAGUCUGGAAUUGGCCCAGUACAUAGGCAUACCUCCAGAUGGCAAUGUUGAGGAGAUGAAGCGAGUGUGGCAGAAUGCCAAAGAUCACUCACCCAAACCCAUGACCAUCCUGGCAGCUCUCUUCCACUGCCCAGAGGAGGUGGAAAAGAUGGACCUCCGACUUAAGGUGUCCAGGGAGGAGAAGAAUCUGGCUCUGUUCCUGGUCAAAUUCAGACGGGAGCUCCGCAAGAGCCAAGAUGACCCAGAUAGCCUCAAACCCUUCACUGACUUUAUCAUUGAUAAUCGGGAGCUGGAUUCCCAGAGUAAAGUGUGUGAGUUACUGAAGUACCAGGGUGAGGAGAAGCUGCUGAAGGAGCUCUGCAGGUGGUCCACCCCUCGCUUCCCUGUCAAUGGUCACGAUCUGAGGAGGAUGGGUAUCACGUCAGGCAAGGAGAUAGGUGCCACUUUACAGAAGCUGCGUGACAUCUGGAAGACAAGUCGUUAUCAGAUGGACAAAGAUGAACUCCUCAGUUACGUGAAGCCUUAAAUGAGCAGAAAAGGCAGGGGUGUGCUGCUCUGACACUGUGCUGCUCACAGGUACUAAUUGAGCUGACUGAUGCAUGUUGUUGAAAAAAGGACACUACAAGAACAGACACGUAUGUAUGAAUGCAAUUGAAUUCUAAAUUACCCCAAGGCCACUUAAGUUCACCUGCUUCGCCACAUGAAUGAAGAGACAUCAACAACACUCAGAGACUGUCACUAGUUAUACUGAUGUGAUUAAGGAAGAAGAAACAUGAAGACAGGGCUGAAGGGAUGAAGUCACCAGUAACUAGAGAAUAGUUACUUCAAUAGUUAAAUAUCUUCACUGUGCAGAAUGAUGUCUGUGCAGAGUUUGACUCCAGAAGGAUAUUUUCCACUUACCUCUGCUGAAAGUUUCUGUGUUAACCAAAAAUUAGAUUUUAGGGAGCUGCGCCUAUGAGCAUGGUUUGUGACAUCACAAAUGAUUUGGAGGUCAGUCCUGGUCCAAUAUGCAACUUCGACAGUGUGAUGUAGAAAUUUGAAGCCUUCAGUGCACAUCCACUGAGAAUAGACUUUACAGUGAAGGAGGAGACAUCUUGUGUGCAGCAGGGAAACUUUAGAAAUGAUUGAAUUUUGAAUAUUUAUCGAUUCUGGAAUUUUUAGUGAGGUAGUAGAAGGAUUUCUUCAGGCAGGCUAUUUGUAUAUAUGUCUUAAUACAUGGGGGGGGGGUCUUUAAUUUCAUUGUUAUAACAAUAUUGGAAAGCAGAAGUUUGGUUUUUCAUGGUUUUGGUUUGCUCCUGUCAGCUGUGUAUUAUUUCCUUGCUAUGUUUUCUGUAAAGAAAAUGAUUUAUAAAAAGGUUAUACUUUUCAUUGAAA